UUCACUGCUCGAACUAUCUAGGACUUGGCUGCGCUUGUCAGUGCGAAUCCUACCUUUUAACCUGGGCGUUUUGGUCGUUUUCAUAUCUAUGAAACAUGGAGUUGGAGUUUUCAAAUAAUUGCCUUUCCGUCAUGGAAACUAAUCUGUUUCCUCUGUCUUUAUAAGAAGAAGCUCAGCGCCUUUAUCCGUUUCACAGCAGUUUUUGGUAUCUGCUUCGAUUUACGUAGUUUUUGCAGAUUUUUAUAGGUGUUUUGUAACUACCAAUUCGGGAAGGUCUUUUUUUUAUGAAUUCGGAUAGUGAUGUGUAUCUUGGUCGGGAAAAAACAGGCAUGAUGAGGAAGAGAGCGCUCCUGCUGAGGAAAGGGUGCAGCUUUGAAAUAACAAGCUCUGCCUCAGAGGACCUGGGAUGCAGGAGAGGAGAGUUCAGCCGGAAGCACUAUGGGUCUGUGGAGCUGCUAAUUACCAGUGACGCUGAUGGAGCCAUACAACGGGCAGGUCGGUUCCGUGUGGAGAAUGGGUCCUCCGAAGAGAUGAGAAGGAAAGCAGAGAUCUGCAAGGCGGGCGUGUCAGGGGUAUACAUCCCUGAGCUUCAGAAUACAAACUAUACUCCUGGAACAUGGAGAAGGACAGAUGUCCAUCUGGAGAACCCCGAGUACCAUACCAGGUGGUUCUUCAAAUACUUCCUAGGAAAAGUCCAUCAGAACUAUGUGGGCACGGACACUGAGAAGAACCCAUUUUUCCUGUCUGUGGUCCUGUCUGACCAGAACAGUCAACAGGUACCUCAGUACCGGGCCAUCUUAUGGAGGAAAUCAGGGACCCUGAAGAUCAGUCUUCCCUACAGUCCCACAAAAACGCUAUCUGCUAAGUCCAUUCUAAGUGCCAUGAAUCUUGACAAAUUUGAAAAGGGCCCCAGAGAAAUACUGAGCCCCCAUAUUCAGAAGGACCUGUUGGUGCUAGAGGAACAAGAGGGGUCUGUGAACUUUAAAUUCGGUGUCCUGUAUGCCAAAGACGGCCAGCUGACGGAUGAUGAGAUGUUUAGCAACGAAAAGGGAAGUGAAAACUUUGACAAGUUUUUAAACCUGUUGGGCAACUCAGUCACACUGCAGGGUUGGGCUGGGUACAGAGGAGGCCUGGACACAAAAAACGACACUACAGGAAUAAAGUCCAUAUACACUGUGUACCAGGGCCACGAGCUCAUGUUCCAUGUGUCCACCCUGCUGCCGUACUCCAGGGAUAACAAGCAACAGGUGGAGCGGAAGAGGCACAUUGGGAAUGACAUCGUCACUAUAGUGUUUCAAGAGGGGGAUGACGCCUCAUCAACGUUUAAACCAUCCAUGAUCCGAUCUCAUUUCACACACAUAUUUGCCUUAGUCAGGUUUGAUAGUAAGAACAACAGCUACAGGCUGAAGAUCUUCUCGGAGGAGAGCGUCCCAUUGUUUGGGCCGCCCCUCCCCUCACCACCAGUGUUUACAGACCACCAAGAAUUCAGGGACUUUUUGUUAGUGAAAUUAAUUAAUGGGGAAAAGGCCACAUUAGAGACGGCUACGUUUGCUCAGAAAAGGCAGCGGACACUGGACAUGCUGAUCCGAUCGCUGUAUCAAGACCUCAGUCCUGAUCUUCACAAGGUCCCCUUCUAUCCCCAGAACAUGCUGAACCGUCGGUCAUUCAGUGACGUUCUGCCUGAAUCUCCCAGAUCUGCCCGAAAAAAGGAGGAGGCCAGGCAGGCAGAGUUUGUCAGAAUAGGUCAGGCGUUAAAACUGAAGACCAUCGUGCAAGGGGAUGCUCCGACCAGUCUGGCGACGACGGGGAUGUGCCGAAAAGAGCCCUGGGAGCCCCAGCCCUUCUGCAGUAAUUUCCCACAUGAGAUUAUAUGCAGUGACUCCUGGGGUCAGUCUCUGCUCGUUGCCACUGAGGCCGGAGUCAUGCUACUGGGCGAGAGCCAUACAGCCCCUACGCAGGUCUUUGACCGAACCAUGCUGGUCAAGCAGAUGCAUGUCCUUGAACCUCAGGACCUCCUGAUCAUGAGGGCUGACAAAGGGAAAGAAGCCCGUCUCUAUAUCUUUCGACUCAGCACUGUCUCUAAGGGCAUAAAGGAGAAGCAGCUCAUCCGCAGCAAGUAUGACAGUAGAGACAAUAAACUUGAGAAGACCAAAGGCUGCCAUUUGUACUCCAUUAACACUCACCACGCGGCGGAGCUGCGUAUCGUGGCAGCCAUUCGCAACAAGUUGCUGCUCAUCACCAGGAAGACGCCACGCCAGGAGAGUGUGAGCGCGGACUCCCCCGUGGAGGAGUUGCAGUACAUCAGGGAGAUCUGUCUUUGCGACCCUCCUGUUGUCAUGACGCUGGUGGAUGGCCCCACCGGUGAGAACGACCACAUGAUUUGCGUGGCAUACAAGCACCAGUUCGACCUCAUUAAUGAGAGCACGGGUGAGGCCUACCGGCUGCAUCACGUAGACGCCAACAAGGUGAACUUUGUGGCAGCCAUUGAUAUGUAUGAGGAUGGGGAAGCUGGCAUUUUCUUGUGCUACAAUUAUAUCUGCUACUAUAAGAAGGUGUGCCCAUUCAACGGAGGUGCCCCCAUAAUGCAGUUCUCCAGUUCGGAUUUCCACUUCAGCUGGAACCAGGUGCCAAAAGCAAUCGUCUGCGCCUUCCCCUACAUCCUGGCCUUCACGACCGACUCCAUUGAGAUCCGCCUGGUUGUGAACGGAAACCUGGUGUACACUGCGGUGGUCCCAGAACUACAGCUUGUCUCAUCGAGGGCAGACAUCUACUUUGUGUCCGCCGCUCCAGUAAAUGCUGUCUUUAGCAGCAGCUCCAGGGAAAACAGCACUCACAGCUCCCCUCAGACCCCCACUGAGCAGGACAUGCCAGCCUUCCCCCCACCACUAGGGGACGAUUCUAUUAGGAUCCCCUUUGGAAGCAGGAUCUCCCUGUACAUGCCAAAAGAAGCAGAAGGUGAGACACCAUCUAAACACAUCUUCAAGAUCCCCCUCAGCAAUCUUGUGGGACGCGGCAUCGAGAGACCACUGAAGUCACCUCUUCAGCACAAGGUGGUGACCACGUCAACCUCAAGCAUGGUGGCGGUCUCAACACACCUUCCCGUCCAGCACUCCCUCUCCUGCUCUCGCAUGGAGAUCAAAGAGAUAGCCAGCCGGACGCGCAAGGAGCUCCUGGGCCUUACAGACGAACCAAGUGUUAAGCCAGAGGCCCCUGUGAAACCCAAGCAUGUGACCAAGAAGCCAGUGGAGGAGGAUUCAGCCACAGGCGUGAAACCAUCCAGCAGCUUAAAGAGGGCAGAAUCGCCAUCAGCUGUGGGCCUGGAUGUCCAGCUGCACAGCACAUCAAGCCCAGAGCUGAACCUAGAGCCAACUGGGGAGACACAGGAUGGCCCCCCGCCACUCAGCAUCCCUUUCACUAUCUCUCCCUCCCCUGAGGAAGAUGUCCUGGACUUAAAAUGAAGACAAUCCACAGAAUGUUUCUCUGUUUUUAUAUGAAUCCACUGUACCUCCUUGUUCAGUUUAUCCUUUAACAAAGUAUUAGCAAUGUCACCGGGUGGUUCGACCUUGACUGUGCUGUUGCUGUUCUUGUUUUUGGUCAGGGAAUAUAGUGCUUUACAGUGGUGAGUGAGUACUUAGCCUGCUGAACCCUGCGACUGCAGUAGUAUAGACCGCUCUUUCUUUGACCUCUGACCUUGUGUUUUUACGCCUGGCAACAUCUUUUUCCCAAGAGAAUCACAUGCACAGGUCGCCGUGAUUUAAGGUGGCAUGCUGGUCCAGACACUGUUCAUUUUGAUUUCAGAAGCAUAUUCAUGCCAUGCACAAGAAUAUAAUUUAAACUUUAUUGUACAUAAACAUCAUUAUACUACAACCCUGUACUGGUUAAGCAGAUGAAUGAUAAUAUGUUAUUUUUAUUAUAUUUAAAAUAAUAACUAAAAAAACAUAUUAAAAGCCAAUAGGGACUUUUUACUCAAUCUUGAAGCUAAUUUUAGUUUCAUUGUCAAGUGACAAUGACAAUAAAUAUUUAUCUUCCAUUUACUUCCGCUUAUCCGAGGUCGGGUCGCGGGAGCAGCAAUCUCAGCAGGGAAACCCAGACUUCCCUCUCCCCGGCCACUUCCUCCAGCUCCUCUGGGGGAAUCCCGAGGCGUUCCCAGGCCAGCUUAUCUAUCUAAAAUAAUAUAAAGGUCAAUUUAAACUGGUAAAUGAAUUGAGUCUAGAGAAAACUGUUUUCAGUCAGGCCUAUGCUAAUGUCAUGACAGUUUUUUCUUCCUCAAAUGACCACUAGAGGACAACAGGGGGGUUCUGUGCUUUGUAACACUUGUGUUUAUUUGGUAUAGAGCUUGCCUGUGUUUUACCUUACUUAAGUUCUUCUAUGAGCUGUGCAUUUCCCUCUUGAGUUGGUUUCUCUUGAGUUUGAGAUGGUGCACUGCAUGAAAUGACUGCGACAAAGCCUUACUUCUCCAGGAAAGUUUACCCGUUUUGCUCUUUGGUCCACACUGCUCUGGAAACCCAGUCCUCAACCCAGUCCUUGGGGACCCCUAAACAGUCCUUUUUUGCUGCCAGUAUCUGGGAGGGAGCAAAAAUUGUUAACUGUCUAGCUGGAAGUGAGGAGGAAACAAAAACGUGGACCGUCUGGGGUCCCCAAGGACCGGAUUGAGAAACACUGACCUGGAAUGACGAGGCUUUAGCAUUCGUAAAGGUAGCUAUGAUAAAUGUCCACACUUUACCUCCUAGUUUGCCUUUUAGGCCAUUUCUUGUGAUAAGCUUUAUUCAGGGUGUAAUGCAUCAAAUCCGCCUCUCAGAUGAAGACAGCCUACAUGCUCUAUGGCUCUUUAUAGGACCUGGGCUACCAAGGCUUGCAUUAAUUGAUUUUGCGAUGUGUUGCUCAUGUGCAGAUGGUGUAAGAAAAUACAGAAAAGAUGUGUUUUUGGGGAGUGGGUACCACAGGCACAGCGCUGGUGCCAGGGGCAUACAGGGGGUGUGAAGACAGCAAGGUUUUAUCUAGAAGUGUUGCAUAGUGAAAUGGGUUGUUACGCCUUACAGCUGUCUUAAUAAGACUAAAUACAAAUGAAAUGUUGGUCACAUCCAGGUCAGGGCAGGAGUCAGCCACAAUCUCCGAGGUCUGGCUUGCUAUGGCUUGGGACCCACAAUCAGUCCAUGUGUUUGUUCCCUCCCUUCUCCGAGGGAGCAAAAAUGUGGACUGACUGGCAGGGAGCUCAGAGGGAGCAAAAACAUGGACCAGCUGCAGGUCCCUGAGGACCGGAUUGGGAAACACUGAUCUAUAUGAAUCCUCAGUGAAUAUGAAACCAUGGAGUGAAACAAUCCCCAGUCUUUCUACUCCAUCUUUCAAAUUUGUUCAUUAGGUUUCUGUUGGUUAAUCUGCAACAUGUGCUUUAACUUGGUUUCGUUGACUGAAAUAGAAUCAGAUUUAAUGGAAAAAAAUGCAAGCCUAAUAAAAUAUGUAUGUCACAAUAGCCUAAAAGCAGAAGCAGCUCCACCUGUGUCUGUGCCAUGGGCUAUUGCCCCGAGUAUUUUAAGCCGAGCCCCGAGUAUUUUAAGCCAGAUGCCAGUCAUCCUUCAAAUAAAAGAAAAGAAGCUUGACUUAGCCCCUGAUCUUUUCAAUAGGUAGAAAUGCCCCUGGUCUUUGGCCUCCAUUUUUAAAUAUACUCAGUUCAGUUGUCAUUUGUAUAGGCUGUUUGCAGACCUGUACAUGACACUAAUCCCCCCUUUAGCCCUGUCAGUAAAUGACUUCUGGAAUAGAGGAUCAGGUAUUUCUGAUACUGACCGAUAGAUACACUAAAUUUAACGUAAAUUGCACUGUAGAAUAAAGACAUAAAAUUUGAUUUUAAUCAUAUCUUUAAAAAAUACUGGAUACAUGUUGCCUGUGUUUUAAACUCCUUAAGAUUAUUUAUUUGUAAACCAUGUGUAGGAUAAAAGAAGCUAAAUGAUGUAGAUUAGAUAAACCAAAACUGAAAGUGAGUUUCUUUUGCGUUUCCAUUAUUGUGUUGAUUCACACUGAAAAUACUUGUAUGCAUGGCACUUAUAUGCUACUGAAUUUCUUGAUAGUAAGAUAUAAUUUGGUCUCCACUCGUUUCUUUUAACAUCCACUUUCACAUAAAAAUAUUAGGAGUAAUUUUUCAAAGAGCAGAAUAAUCUGUAAGACCAGGCUGGUCCUGAUUAGUCUCUGGUUCCCAAACAGAAUUUUAACUGUAGCUCAUAAACUAUCACUAAUCACUAAUGCAUGAUUUUUAUUUUUUUUAAAGAUCAGUAAUGGGACCCUAAAUAUGUAAAUCUCUCACUCCGAAUGGCCGUGUGAUACAGUUGCAUUCAGUCAGGUGAAACCUGAAACCUGAAUGAGGCAUUAGCCACACAGAGUAUUAAAAAUGAUAAAUAGGUUGGGGUUUGAUGCAACACCAUAAGCAGUACAUGAUUGGCUUAUUAAUGUAAUAAGUGCUCUUGACAAAGAGCAUGUGAGAUGCGUUUACUCUACUGCAGGUUGUUACGGAUAAAUUCAGGAACACCUCACCUGGAAAAAGAAAAGCACUGUAUAAUAACGCCCUCUUGUGGAAAUUUACAAAUUUGUCACAUUUUCUUCAUUUUCUUCUUUUCUUUGCAAUUCCCUUAUCUCUCCUGAAAACCUUUGUAAGUCUGAAAAAAUGGAGUUAUGUGGAAUCACUGAACGUAACAAUUAAAAUUAAUUCAUGUGGUUUUCUUCUGAAACUUUUUACUGUGGUUUUGUAUCUAAAUUUGUAUGUAAUGUUUUACUUUGUUAUAUUAAAAAACACCAAGUGUCUUAAAACGUAACAGAUUGCCAUAGUUUUCACAACAAAUUGUAAAUGUCCUUGUUCAAGAUGUGGCCUCAGACAAAGCUGAAUUAUUGUUAUUAUUAGUAGUAGUAGUAUUGGUAUUAUUUUAUCAUGAUGUCACUGAUAUCGCGGUUUGCUGAUAUUAAAUAUUUAUUAAAUUUCUCUGUUUUCAUUUUAAUAACUAUUUACAGAUGAUAUAUAUUUUAAUUGCCAUGUUAAACAUUUGCACAGACAGAUGUUAAUUCAGUAAGCACCUGCAUUAUAAAUGAACCCAGACUCUUGCACGGGAAGUAAUUCACUGAAAGUUGUCAGCUAAGUUACAGCUAAUAUUGAGCUGUCUUCUGCCUGAUAUGCUUUUACAUAAAUGCCAAAAAAAUGUAGCAUGGCCUUUAAGAAUACAAUUUCUUAACUGAAAGUUGUUGUUUCAAGUCCCAGGAGAGGACAGGACAGGACUUAAGUGACUUAAGCUCAAUUGCUUCCAGAAAAAAUAAGCACCAUCCAAUCCAGGGUGCCCCCAGUCACACUAACCAUGUAAAAUGAUUUGAAAAUGAAUCAAAGAUGAGUGGAAACAAUAUGACCACAAAAUUAACAAAAAAAAAGUUAAACAAUAAAACAUUUAUUCCAGAGAGACACAAAUUCACAAAUUCUGAAGCACAAUAAGCCUAGCUGACAGAAAAACUAAAUUACAUGAAGGAAGCAUUGAUCAAGUGAGAAAAUUUACACAAAUUAAAAUACAUGUGUUGCUCUUGUUUUCCCAACAGAUGGCGCCAAAUCGUUUUGGAGUCAGGCAGGAAUAACUGCAUUAUAAUUACAGGCUUGAAAUUAGAUUUCAAAUUGGUAAAUGUGCAUUUCUGAGUGCUGUAUUGGCUACAUUUUAACGGCAACUGUAUAUAUUCCAAUAAAUAUUAAUACAUUUAGGCUUUUUUGAUUUCUGCACUUCUUUAACUGGCUUCAACUUUUAUAACUUUUUAUAACAAUUCAGUAUGACCUAGGGGUUUAGCUAUAGAAAAGUAUUGAAAGUUUUAUAUAGUUUUACAGAAGGUAAUUGCAUAACCAAUCCUACUACAGUCAACUGUCUCAUAUUUUAUAUGUUUGUCUGUGGUGUUUUCUGUUCUUGUUGCUUGUAUUAUUUGUUGUCACCUGCUGUACGUGUUGUUCUAUUUACAUUUGUUUAGCAGAUGCUUUUGUCCAAUGAGGAAAGCUUGUGGUCAGAUAGCAGCAUUAGCCGGCAUGCCAUGUCUCUGGAGCCGUUGGGUUUUAUGGGCCUUGUGCAAGGGUCCAAUAGUCAUGUGAUUACUGUGUCAGCUGUGGGAUUUAGACAACUAACCCACAAGUACCCACAAUGUCAUUGUGGUCUGCAGGAAUUAUGCAAAUAAGAAUUUUACUGUAUUACAUACACAUUAUAAUAAAAGAACACUGAACCUUGA